CAGAAAUUGUUUCUUAAUUAGGAUGGUUAUUUUCUUCUUCAAUGAUCCAUAAAGCCUGAUCGAUCACGGGUCUUUCUGGUUAAUUAGCUGCCAAAAUGAUGUACGAUGAUCUACUUGCCAGAAGCUUUAGUAAGCAUGAUCAGAAAAGAUUGGGAUAUGGAGCAUUUCUUGGCUGCUUGCUAAUUGCAUUGAGCUUCUGCACUGUUUUUAAGCCUUAUUUGGGUCCUCUGCCAGUUUUGAACUUGAAGCUGUCAAUGGGUGCUGGUUUCAAAAUGCUGAUUAUCAGGGAUACAAGCAGCUCUCCGCCUCACUCAGCAGAAAAGAAUACAAGCAGCUCUCCGCCUCACUCAGCAGAAAAGAAUACAAGCAGCUCUCCGCCUCACUUGGCAGAAAACAAUACAAGCAGCUCCCUGCCUCACUUAGCAGAAAACAAUACAAGCAGCCCCCUGCCCCACUUAGCAGAAAACAAUACAAGCAGCUCCCAGGAAACAGCUAAGGCUGCAGAAAUGGUGACAGAGAAGAUUGAACCUGUGACAGAGAAAACAGAGCCUGCAGUGACAAAGAAAACUGAGCCUGUCGUGAAGAAAAUGGAGCCACUGUGCAAUGUUAUGGAGCCAAGGGGAGAUAUUUGCGAAAUCAACGGGGAUGUGAGGAUUCAAGGAACUUCAUCCUCCAUUUCCCUUGUUUCAUCUCAAAUGGGCAUCUUGCCUGAAGAGAAGAACAACUCAUGGAGUAUAAGGCCUUAUGCUCGGAAAGGUGACCGGACGGCGAUGAGUCACGUUACAGAAUGGUCGGUAAAAUUAGUAUCAAGUCACGAAGAGAUCCCUCAAUGCAACAAAAUUCACAGCGUUCCGGCCAUUGUUUUUUCUCAAGGAGGAUAUACAGGAAACCAUUUCCACGAUUUUACCGAUGUACUUAUUCCACUGUUUUUAACUUCUCGACAGUACAAUGGAGAAGUUCAAUUUCUCGUAACCGACAGAAGACCUUUUUGGAUUGCAAAGUUCCGAACAAUCCUACAAACGCUGUCCAGGUACGAGUUAAUAGACAUUGACAGAGAAAAAGAAGUACAUUGCUUCCCACGUGUGGUUGUUGGUCUUAAACGAAAUCUAAAAGAGAUGAGUAUUGAUUCUUCAAAAUAUUCGUACUCCAUGGGAGACUUUAGAGAGUUCUUAAGAAAUACAUAUUCGUUAAAGAAAACUAAGGCAGUCAAACUCAGAAAUGGUCAACGUAGGAGGCCCCGGCUUCUCAUCAUUUCAAGAAGGAGAUCACGGUCUUUUACCAACGUGGGAGAAAUCACUAAAUUGGCAAGAAGCUUGGGCUACAAGGUAUAUGUUAUGGAGGCGACUAUGGACGUUCCGAAGUUUGCAGAAAUGGUGAAUUCUUGUGAUGUGCUGAUGGGUGUUCAUGGAGCUGGUCUGGCCAACAUUGUUUUCCUUCCCAAGAACGCCAUUCUCAUCCAAGUAGUUCCCUUUGGAGGAUUCGAAUGGCUGGCAACAUAUGAUUUUGGCGAGCCCUCAAAGGAUAUGAACAUACAUUACUUGGAGUACAAGAUAAGCAAAGAAGAGAGCAGCCUGAUACAACAGUACCCCCUCGACGAUGUCGUUUUGAGGGAUCCCUAUACAAUCCAGAAACAAGGAUGGUUAAGGUUUAAAUCAGUGUAUUUGGACAAACAAAAUGUGAAGAUUGAUGUGAAUAGGUUUAGACCCACUUUGUUAGAAGCCCUUGAGCUUCUUCAUCAAUAGAAGUUGUACGUGUAAGAA